GCCCGCCGCCAGUCGCGCACCAGCAGCGACCACAGACGGCAGUGUUCCUCGCCCGCUCCCAGCCCGCGCCGCCCGCCGCCACCCUCACGCCCGCACCGCGCCGCACCUCGCCUGUCCCGCCCCGCCGCGCCCCACCACGCCAGACUCCGUCAGGCAUCCCGCUAACGCCUUGCCGCGGCCCCUUCAGGCAGGACCCAGCAGCAGGCAGACACGCACGCACACACACGUACCCGGGCACUAUUCUUGCGGCCACGGCGGCAGCAAGCGUGGGUCGGCCUGCACACGGGCUAUUUUAGAGUGUGUCUGGCGCCGCGCCACCACGCCGCCCCACCGCCCAGCCACCCGCUCCUGCCUCAGUCUGGUGGAGGCCUCAGGUGUAGUGCACGCAGCGCCGCGGUGCGCCCGUCAUGCUGUGACGCCCUCCCGCACCUCCACCACCACCAGCGAGGAGGCGCCGCACGACCACCGCCCGCCGCACAGGAAGGUGACCGUGGUGUCCGGUGGGCGAGGCCACUCCGGGAUUACCAGUGAUGCGCCCCCGCCCCGCCACGCCCUGCCGCUAGCCACACCGCCCCGCGCCGCACCGCCCCGCACCGCGCCGUCCCGCGCCGCCGCUCCCACCGCUGCAGCAGCAUAACAUAACGCCGCACACACACACGCACGCUCACACUCACACACGUCCAUCAGCCGUUUGAAUUUGGCGGGAAGCGAGUGUGUGGUGUGGGUGGCGAUAGCAGCGAAGCCCCGCCCCGGCCGGCGAGGCCCCUCCCCCGGUGACCGCAGCAGCAGCAGGAGGCUCAGGUGUGUUCAGGAUGUACGGGCCAGGUGCGCCAGAGUACUGCCAGGCGGGCGAGGAGGAGGACGAGAUGGCGGCCACCGAGCGCGAGUUAGCGGAGGACGCGCAGUGGAAGAGAAUCCAGCAGAACACGUUCACGCGGUGGGCCAACGAGCAUCUGAAGCAGGUGUCCAAGCACAUCGGCAACCUCGAGACUGACUUGAGCGACGGCCUGCGCCUCAUCGCCCUCAUCGAGGUGCUGUCCGGCAAGCACCUGCCCAAGCACAACAAGCGGCCCACCUUCAAGAGCCAGAAGCUGGAGAACGUGUCCGUGGCGCUGCAGUUCCUGGAGCGAGACGAGAACAUCAGGAUCAUCAAUAUAGACUCGUCGGACAUCGUAGACUGCAAGCUUAAGCUGAUUCUGGGGUUGAUAUGGACUCUCAUCCUCAACUAUUCCAUCUCUAUGCCCAUGUGGGAGGGGGAGGACCAGAUGGUGGCCCCGGGGGAGAAGGGACCAUCUCCCAAGCAGAGACUGCUGCACUGGAUUCAGAGCAAACUCCCAGACCUUCCAGUGACCAACUUCACAAGCGACUGGAACGAUGGGCGAGCUGUGGGUGCCCUUGUGGACUCCGUGGCGCCUGGUUUAUGCCCUGAUUGGCCAGACUGGAUCCCUGCUGACGCCCUCAACAAUGCAACCGAGGCCAUGAACCUUGCUGACAACUACCUUGGCGUGCCCCAGCUGAUCACACCAGACGAGAUGGUGAACCCGAAUUGUGACGAGCAGUCGAUGAUGACCUACCUGUCCCAGUACCCCAACUGUAAACUGAAGCCCAACGCCCCGCUCAGGCCACGCACCAACUCCUCCAAGGUGCGCUGCUACGGUCCAGGGGUGGAGCCAACAGGACCAGUGGUGGGCGCCCCAACACACUUCACCAUCGAAACCUUCAGUGCUGGGAAGGGCCGAGUUGAGGCGUACCUGCAGACACCUGAUGGACAGACGGAGGCGCUGGACUGCAAGUUUAACAAUGACCGCAACCUGACCUACACCUGCAAGUACACGCCGCAGUGUGAGGGAGACUUCAUUGUCAUUGUCAAGUUCAGUGGGCGAGAGAUCCCCAAGUCGCCAUUCCGUGUCAACGUGUCUGGUUACGCUGGCGACCCCUCUAAGGUGACUGCCUCGGGGCCCGGCCUGGAGCCAGAGGGCGUCACCAUCAACAGACCCACAUACUUUGAUAUCUUUACUAAGGAUGCUGGCCGUGGCACCCCAGAGGUCAUCAUUCUCGACCCGGCCGGCCACAAGAACACGGUGCCAGUCAAGGUGCGGUCGCUCAGUGAUGACACGUACCGCUGCGAAUACGUGGCCUCGGGAAUCGGUCUACACUCGGUCAACAUCUUCUUCGCCGGCCAGUCCAUCCCCGGCAGCCCCUUCGGUGUCAAGGUGUCCCCUGUGUGUGAUGCCCGCAAGGUGAGGGCAUCGGGGCGCGGACUGCAACCCAGCGGAGUGAGGGUGAAGGAUGCAGCUGACUUCAGGGUGUACACGGAGGGCGCCGGGGAAGGCAACGUGGAGGUCAAGGUGAUCGGCCCAGGUGGUGUGCAUGAGACCAUAAAGACCAAGCAGAUUGAUGCCUACACUUUUGAAUACACCUACCAGCCCAAGAAGGAGGGACGCUAUAUUGUCAUGGUGUCGUAUGGGGGCCAGGAGAUCCCCAAGAGUCCCUUCGAGGUGAACAUUGGCCCCUACAAGGAGACCCGCAUCAGAGCCUAUGGUCCUGGUCUGAAGGGCGGCGUGGUGGGCUACCCAGCACUCUUUACUGCUGAGACCAAUGGGGAGGUCGGCACUCUAGGCUUCAGCAUUGAGGGACCGUCACAGGCCAAGAUAGAGUGUAAUGACAAUGGGGAUGGGUCAGCUGAUGUCCGCUACUACCCAACUGUGAAGGGAGAGUAUGCCCUGCACAUCCUAUGCAACAACGAAGACAUCCCUGGCUCACCCUACAUUGCCAACAUCCUACCACAGACUGACUACUACCCUGAGCUGGUGAAGUGCAAGGGUCCUGGACUGGAGAAGAACGGGGUGGUGUCCGGCAAGACAGUGGACUUCCAGGUGGACACAAGGCAGGCCGGCGAUGCACCCCUGGAUGUGACGGUGAUUGACUCUUCCUACCAGCAGGUGCCCCUCAACGCCAAGGACAACGGCAAUGGUCUCUACGACUUCUCCUACAGACCCACACGAGGCAACAAGCACACUGUCCAGGUGAACUAUGGAGGAGUGGCCACAGAGAACUCCCCUUACCGCGUGUUUGUGUCCGAGCCAUCCGUGCCUGGGGCCGUGAAGGUGUUCGGGCCAGGUGUGGAGAGGGGCGUACGCUCAAACACACCCACACACUUCAACAUCGAUUGCCGGGAAGCUGGGCCAGGAGAGGUCCAGAUCGCCCUCACAAACGCACAGGGCCAAGACAUCCCCAUCGACAUCAGAGACAACCGCAACGGCACCUUCACUGUUGACUACCUGACCCCCAGCCCCGGAGAGCACCGCGUCACCGUCCUCUAUGCGGGUGCCGAGAUCCCCCAGUCUCCCAUCGUCGUACCUGUGCAGUCCAAUGUUGACGUGACGAAGGUGAAGGUGGACGGACUGGAGCCAACCGCGCCCAUCAACUCCCUGCAGCAGUUCAGGGUCAUCACACAGGAGGCAGGACGUGCAGACUUCGCUGUGUCCAUCACCUCCCCCUCCGGCAUGCGGGUGCGCGCCCACGUCGUCCCCACACACGAGGGUUACCUGGUCAACUUCACACCAACGGAGCUCGGCGAAUACCUCCUCUCCAUACAAUUCGGCGGGCAGCCCAUCAGCUCUGUGCCCUACCGCUUCACCUGCACGCCGGGAGCCAACGCUGCAGCUGUGAGAGCGUGGGGCCCUGGUCUGGAAGGUGGUAUGGUCUGCCGGCCAGCCGAGUUUGUUAUUGACACUCGGGAGGCAGGACAAGGUGGGCUGGGCGUGACAGUGGAGGGCCCGUGUGAGGCGGCGAUCAACUGCAGGGAUAACGGUGACGGAACGUGUGCCGUGGCCUACCUACCCACGGAGGCUGGCCACUACACCGUCAAUAUCACCUUCAAUGAGCGCCACAUCCACGGCUCGCCCUUCCACGCCUACAUCGCCCACGACCAGGACAUGAAGCAGAUCAGGGUGACGGGCAACGGCAUCCAGCCCCACGGUGUGUUCAUCGACUCGCCCACGGACUUUGUGGUGGACACGAGGGCGCUGGCCAACCUGAAGAAGGAGGCCAAGGGGGGCACAGGCACUGGGGAGGGCAAGGUGAUGUGUGUUAUUACCAACCCGUCAGGCACACGCACAGACUCCUUCCUCAAGCCUCUCACGGAUGGGACUUACAAGAUUUCAUACACGCCUUUUGAGGAAGGUCGCCACACCAUUGACCUCCUGUACGAUGGAGUGCCGGUGCCUGGAUCGCCUUUCACUGUCAAUGUGCGCCGCGGAUGUGACCCCAAGAAGUGCCAGGCGUAUGGGCCGGGGCUGGAGCACGGCCUCGUCAACCAGGUCAACACCUUCACUGUGGAGACCAAGGGGGCCGGCACAGGAGGGCUGGGGCUGGCAGUGGAGGGGCCGUCGGAGGCUAAGAUGACGUGCAAGGACAACAGGGAUGGCUCCUGCACUGUGGAGUACGUGCCAUUAGAGUCUGGAGAGUAUGAUGUGGCUAUCAAGUUUGCAGAUCAACACAUUCCUGGCUCGCCCUUCAAGGUGGCAGUGGAUGAGAGUGUGGAUGCUUCGCAGGUGCAGGUGUGGGGCUCUGGGCUGGAGCCAGGCAAGGUGAGGGCUGGCGUGCCUCUCACCUUCCAUGUCGACGGCUCCAAGGCUGGCAAAGCACGCCUCGGGGUGGACAUUGCCACAGAGAGAGGCCCCAUCCCCAAGGCACCUGAGGUGAGGGACAACGGGGACGGCACCUACGACGUGACCUACAUCCCCCACUCAGAAGGCGCCAUGCAGACCACCAACGUCACCUGGGGCGGCCGACCUGUGCCUGGCAGCCCAUACCGCACCCGAGUGAAGCCCACCGUGGAGCCCAACAAGGUGCGGGUGUCUGGUUCGGGCGUCUCCAGCAAGGGCAUCCCAGCCUCCCUGCCCACUGAGAUGCUUAUUGACACCACUGACGCCGGCCCAGCUGACCUCAACGUGUCUGUGACGGGACCGGAUGGCCACCCGCGGAAGGUGAAGCUGGUGGACAAUGGGGAUGGCACCUUCUCGGCCUCCUAUGUGCCAGAUGACUGCGGCAAGUACAAGGUGUCGGUGAAGUAUGGAGACCAGGAGGUGGCACACGCACCCUUCCCUGUGCAGGCCUACGCUACUGGCAAGGCCGACAAGUGUAAGAUCACGGAGGGCAUCACCCAUGCGCUCAACAUAGGGGAGGAGUAUUGCAUCACUGUCAACGCCAAGAACGCAGGCAACGGUGCUGUCACCUGCAGGAUACGCUCCACCUCUGGCAGUGACCUGGACAUCGACAUAGAGGACAAUGGGGAUGGCACCUUCAGCAUCUACUACACAGUGAAGGAUGCUGGCGAAUACACUCUCUCUGUCAAGUUCGGAGGCCAGCCAGUGCCCGAGGGAUUCUACUCCUUCACCGCCCAGUCCGAGGAGGCUUUCCAGCAGACCAAAGUCAACGGGGUCCAGUCCAGCCCGGCCAGCAGCAGCAACUACCGCCCCGUCCAGCUGUCCAACAUCCCCCUCCCCACCACAGGAGGCCACGUUACUGCUGAGGUCAAGAUGCCUUCCGGAAAGUCAGACGUGCCGGUCAUCGAGGACAACCGCGAUGGCACGGUGUCGGUGCGCUACAGCCCCAGGGAGGAGGGCCUGCACGAGCUGCAUGUCAAGUACAACGCUGAGCACGUGCAAGGCUCCCCCUUCAAGUUCCACGUGGACUCCAUUGCCUCAGGGUACGUGACAGCCUACGGCCCCGGUCUGGUCCACGGCAUCACAGGAGAACCAGCCAACUUCACCAUCUCCACCAAGGAUGCCGGUGCAGGUAGCUCCACUCUCCGCGGCGGUCUGUCGCUGGCGGUGGAGGGCUCAAGCAAGGCCGAGAUCUCCUGCCACGACAACAAGGACGGCACUGUGUCGGUCUCCUACCUGCCCACUGCCCCAGGAGAGUACAAGGUGUCUGUCAAGUUUGCGGAGAAGCACAUCCGAGGCUCCCCAUACUCUGUCAAGAUCACCGGGGAGGGCCGCAAGAGGAACCAGAUCAGCGUGGGGUCCCAGUCCGAGGUCAGUCUGCCAGGGAAGGUGACGGAUUCGGACAUCAAGAGCCUCAACGCAUCCAUCCAGGCUCCCUCGGGUCUAGAGGAGCCCUGCUUCCUCAAGAAACUCCCCAAUGGACAUCUCGGCAUCUCCUUCACCCCCCGCGAGGUAGGGGAGCACCUGGUGUCCGUCAAGAGGAUGGGCAACCACAUCGCCAACUCCCCCUUCAAGAUCAACGUGGGUGAGAAGGAGGUUGGCGAUGCUUCCAAGGUCAAGAUCUCUGGCAAGUGCCUGUCAGAGGGCCAGACGCACAAGGAGAACCAGUUUACCAUCGAUACCAGAGACGCUGGGUAUGGUGGUCUCUCCCUCUCCAUUGAAGGCCCCUCCAAGGCUGACAUCCAGUGCAAGGACAACGAGGACGGCACCCUGACCAUCGGCUACACCCCCACUGAGCCCGGCUACUACAUCAUCAACCUCAAGUUUGCCGACAACCAUGUACCCGGCUCUCCCUUCACUGUCAAGGUGACAGGCGAGGGCACCAACAGGCAGACAGAGAGGAUAAAGAGGCAGAGGGAGGCUGUGCCCUUGACUGAGGUUGGUUCCCAGUGCCGCCUCACCUUCAAGCUCCCUGGCAUCUCCCCAUUCGACCUGGGGGCCACCGUGACCUCCCCCGGGGGCGUGACGGAGGCAGCGGAGAUCGGGGAGGUGGAGGACGGGCUGUACGGCGUGAACUUUGUGCCCAAGGAGCUCGGCGUGCACACUGUGUCUGUGAAGUACCAGGAGAUGCAUAUUCCCGGCUCACCCUUCCAGUUCACGGUUGGGCCGCUGAAGGACGGGGGUGCCCACAGGGUGCACGCGGGAGGCCCAGGGCUGGAGCGUGGGGAGCAGGGCAUGCCUAACGAGUUCAACGUGUGGACCAGGGAGGCAGGGGCCGGGUCGCUGGCCAUCUCCGUCGAGGGCCCCAGCAAGGCAGAGAUCGAUUUUAAGGAUCGCAAGGACGGCUCCUGCUACGUGUCCUAUGUGGUCGCCGAGCCUGGAGAGUACCGCGUGGGCAUCAAGUUCAACGACAAGCACAUCCCUGACUCUCCCUACAAGGUGUACAUUACUCCAUCCCUGGGUGAGGCGAGGAAGGUGGAGCUGGCACAGUUACCCGAGCAGGGGUCCAUGCCCAACAAGGCCCAGUCCCUCCUCGUGUGCAAGAACGGGGCCAAGGGAACACUGGACUGCAAGUUUGUGGCCCCCUCUGGUGCAGAGGAGGAUUGCUUCACUGACUUGCUUGACGGGGACCUGUACAGCGUGAGGUUCGUGCCCAAGGAGAUGGGAAUCCACUAUGUUCAUAUCAAAUUCAAUGGCAUCCACAUCCCCGGCUCCCCAUUCAGGCUCAGGAUUGGCAAGGACGAGGCUGAUCCUGCUGCCGUGUCUGUGUCUGGCAAGGGUCUCGAGUCCUGCGUGUCUGGACAGAAAACAGACUUCAUUGUGGACACUUGCAAUGCUGGGGCGGGCACUCUGGCGGUGACCAUUGACGGCCCCUCCAAGGUAUCCAUGGACUGCACAGAGGUGGAGGAGGGUUACAAGGUUCGCUACACUCCCCUGGUCCCCGGUGACUACUACAUUGCUGUCAAGUACAAUGCCUACCACGUCGUUGGCUCGCCCUGGAAGGUGAAGUGCACAGGCGAGGCCCACGCGGAGAAGGGCACCAUCCAGGAGUCAUCAUCCGUGGUGGUGGAGACCGUGGAGAAGACCAAGUCCGGCGACAAGGGACACCAUGGCACCAUCAUCCCCAAGUUCCACUCUGAUGCCAACAAGGUGACCAGCAAAGGCCUGGGGCUCAAGAAGGCUCACAUCAACAGACAGAACAACUUCACUGUCAACGCCUCCGGGGCCGGGAACAACAUCCUGUACGUGGGUGUGUACGGCCCCAAGUCGCCCUGUGAGGAGGUGUACAUCAAGCACGUCGGCCACAACAACUACCAGGUGAGCUAUAAGGUGAAGGAGAGAGGUAACCACAUUCUGAUGGUGAUGUGGGGAGAAGAGCACAUCCCCGGGUCCCCAUUCAAGCUGGAUAUGUUCUAGGCGGCCAUUGCUACAUUUCCUCUCAUCGUUUUUAUUGUAGUGCACUACAAGGUUCAUGAGAGGGGAGAUCAUGCCCUCAUCGUCAAGUGGGGAGAAGACCACAUCCCUGGCUCCCCCUUCACUGUCAACGUGUAGUCUCCCCACCACCACCACCACUACCAACACCCCCCCAAGCUCUCCCCCUCCCCCAGCCUGUGUGAUAGGUCGGCUACGUGGUGCGGGAGAAGGGGCCAACUACAUCCUGAUGGUGAAAUGGGGCGACGACCACAUCCCAGGCUCCCCCUUCCACUGUCGAGGUGUAGAGGGAGCAGAGAAGCAGGACAGAAACAGGGCUAACAUUUUUAAGCACUUCAUUACAUCUUUUAGGGGUGAUUCUCAAAGGCUACACAGGCCAGACAGGUUCCCAUGGGUGUUUUUUAGAUAGAGAAGUGUUUAAUUGAUCACUAGAGGCAUGAAGGUAGGCGAGUCAAGAUGCUGAAAGACAGUACAUUGUUAAUCUAUCACUGAAGGCACGGAAGCACCUCUGAAGAACUUGAUAACUCCCACUAGGGCCUGCAGUAAGUAGGAGAUAAGAGACAGAAAUACAAAAUAGGGAAGAUAUGGAUAGCAGUGUUUUCAGAUGCUUCAGUGUCUCAGUGCAGUGGGGGUUGUUAAGGUUCUCGAGGUUGUUUUCGUGAUUCCAGCGAUGGGUUCGGCAAAGUUUAGGAGCACUAGUUGAGAAAAACACCCGCGAACACUUGAUUGGUCCUCCGUGGCCUUUGAAACGAGUCCUGCUGAGGGAGGGAAGGAUCUGAGAACAUUUACUUUUUCUGUCGACCAUACCAGUUUAUCAUUGCCACCACCACCACCACCACUACCACUAUUACUACUACUACUACUCCUGCUGCUGCUGCUACCACUGCCCCGCCCUGCCCGCCCUCGUCGCCGCCCAUAUCCUGUCAUUUGAGUCACGGCUGGGGGAAAGAAAACGGCACGAUGAUUGUCAACUGUUUUACUUUUUUGUUUUGAAUUGUGCCGCUGUAUUUUUUAUUAAUUUUUUUUUUUUCCACUUUUUAUUUAUUUAAUUUUUCCAGUGUCACGUGUUUUGACCUGUCUUAAUUAGUGAAAGUUUAAAAGAUGUAACUUUCUGACUUUUUCCUCCUUUUCCACAUCUCUGACUAGCCUCGGCCUUAAUAUUAUUAUUAUUAUUAUUAUUAAUAUUAUUAUUAUUAUUAUUAUUAUUAUUAUUAUUAUUAUUAUUAUUAUUAUUAUUAUUAUUAUUGGUUUUUACAGUUUUCCUCUCAGUAUACAAGUUAGUGUCUUGUAUGAGCACUUCACGCUUGAUGGUAUAGAAUAUUUUUUCCUGCUGUAUUUUUAUUUCGUCAUAACUUUUGUAUCACGAGAGUUUGGGGUCACAUGUUUGCUUAUUAUCGUGUAAGACCUUAUGAUUUUUGUCUCUUCCUCCAUUUAUUAUUGUUCAUCUUGUCUACUCUUCACUCUACAACUCCAAACUGAUGUAGACGAUGAUUAUAUGUUACCGCUUCUCCUUCCUCUCUUCCUUUUCCUUCCCUUUGCUGAUCCUCUCGGUUUCACGGCAACACGAAGCCGACAGAAGACCCAAAGUUUUUACAAAGACAGACUAGAGAAGAACGUCCUUUUAAGUAAGGUGAUCGAGUUGCAGGCUUUCCUAACACCUUCGCCCAAGUCACUCAAGGUGUUAGAAGUCUCUCACACACACAGAUACAUACACACACUCACACAUACAGCCAGAAAUGAUAUUGUAGUUUUUUUUUUUUUUUUUUUAUGUUUAGGUCAGUGAAAUGUAAAGUAAAGGAUUUGGUGUUUGAGAAAUAGUGAAUUCUGUGAGGUUAUUUUACGCUGUUCUAAAUACACACACACACACACACGCAUGUACAAUCCCAGCCAGAAGUAAUGUCACGGAUCUUCUUCAAUUUCUUUAGUCGGGUGAGUGAAUAAAGGGUUACAUUUGGUGUCCGUGUGAAAGGUAGAGGAUUCCUUGAGUUUACUUCCUGCUGUGGUGGUUUGUGGGCACACCGCGCGCCACUCGCUGUGCCACACAGGUAAACACACUUGUCCUGAUGAUAAUGUACCGGUGCUCCUGUUGUUGUUGUUAAGGUGGCUUUGCGCUUUAUCACUGAUCUGCGUUGACAAUUGGGAGGGAAAGUAUACAUGAUUACGCCUUUGUUACUAUUAUUAUUAUUAUUAUUAUUAUUAUUAUUAUUAUUAUUAUUAUUAUUAUUAUUAUUAUUAUUAUUAUUAUUAUUAUUUUAUUGCCUGUUCCUUGUUGAGUCGUUCAAAUUAUAAAAAGAAAACGUAAAUAAAGCUUUUUAUCUAAAUUAUUAUGUUAGGUAUAUACAUAACGUACUUAAAAAAACUAUAUAUAUAUAAAUGACAAAAAAAAUACUAUAAAAAAUAUUAUAAUACAUAUCUCGCUUUUGAUUUGCUGCGGGGAAAAGUUGUUAUGGGAAGAAGGGGGGGAGGGGGAGUGAAGUCGGGGGGGGGCAGGUAAGUUAGCUGUACCCCCCUAGUUUUAUCACCCCCGCCUCCCCCAGGCUACCCAACACACCUUCCCCAACACUCGCUCAUAUUUUACUUAGGUAUACAUAUUUUGGGAAGCAAGUUUCUGCCACAUUACUGUCAUUACUGCCGGAGUAGCAAGCGGCGGCGGCCAUCUUGCUACUCCUCUCACCCUACAAGUGCCAACCUCCGAGUCCAGGGCGUGACUGGCGCCCCUGUAGCCACUCAACUGUCUGCUUGGUACUCUGAUCCAGGGGACUUUUACUGCCCACAUUUUUAAUAUUUUAUGAUGACAAAAUAAACUGCUUAAGUGGG